AUCUCUGCCGCCAGUCUCCCUGGGAGAUCCUCUGCGGUGGGCGCACAAUGACGAGGGCUCCUUUCCCAGGCUCCGCCGCGUAGCUGCGUACUGCACGGUUGGCUCAGCAUCCCGGCGAUUCGACACGAGAUGGCUUGGGUGGAGGAGUACAUCCCUUGGCGCACGCAAAUGCUCUCUAUCGGGGGGCUCCUCGAGAACGUGUGGGGGUCUAUGCCCCCCUCCGCCUGGCUCGGAGUUGGCACGGCCUCCCUGUUCACGGGAUACUGGUACCUGUCACGGCCGCGGCCCAUCUGCCCGCCGUGCCAGCUGACGCAGCAGUCCGUGGAGGUUGAGGGCCAACACGGUGUGAGAAGAUCCGCCCUCCUGAAGAAGGACAAAUUGCUGGAGUUUUACUACGAAGAUGCAAAGACCAUGUAUGAAGUCUUCCAUCGGGGAAUGCGCGUUUCAAAGAAUGGGCCGUGUCUGGGCUAUCGGAAGCCCAAACAGGCAUAUCAGUGGAUGUCCUACAAAGAGGUUGCUGAAAGGUCGGAGUGGUUUGGUUCUGGGUUAAUCCACAAAGGCUGCCGCCCAGACACGGACCAGUUCAUCGGAGUCUUUGCACAGAACCGGCCAGAGUGGAUCAUCACGGAGCAGGCUUGCUACAUGUACUCCAUGGUCUCGGUGCCUCUGUACGACACGCUGGGGCAGGAGGCCAUCCGCUUCAUCAUUAACAGAGCGGAGAUCGCCGUCGUGGUGUGCGACACGGUGGAGCGCGCCCGCGUGCUGCUGCGCGGCGUGGAGAACCGCGAGACCCCGGGCUUGCGGACCGUGGUCGUCAUGGAGACUCCCGACUCGGGCCUCAUCCAGUGGGGCAUCACCUGCCGUGUGGACGUGCUGUCCUUCCAAUACAUCGAGGACUGCGGGAGAAUGCACAAGCGAACAACAUUACCACCCAAGCCUGAAGAUUUGGCAAUUAUUUGUUUUACAAGUGGAACAACAGGUAACCCGAAGGGAGCCAUGCUCACCCAUCGCAACAUCGUCUCCGACAUGUCUGGCUUUCUGAAAGUGACCGAGAGCUUGUUCUUGCCAGAGACGAGCGACAUCGCCAUCUCGUACCUCCCGCUCGCUCACAUGUUUGAGAGGCUGGUCCAGGCCACUUUGUUCUGCCACGGGGCCCGCAUUGGCUUCUUCCAGGGCGAUGUGCGGCUGCUCUUGGACGACAUGCAGGCCCUCAGGCCGACCGUGUUUCCCGUGGUCCCUCGCAUUCUCAACCGCAUGUACGACAAGGUGCUUGGGAGCACCCGAACGCCCUUCCGGAGGAAGCUUCUGGAGUUCGGGGCGCGGCGGAAGAUGGCGGAGCUGCAGCGAGGAGUUGUUCGCAGGAACUCCCUGUGGGACUGGCUCGUCUUCCGCCCCAUGCAGCUGAGCGUGGGCGGACGCGUCCGCAUGAUCAUGACCGGAGCUGCUCCCAUCUCCCCGGGAGUGCUCAACUUCUUGCGCGUCGUUAUGGGAUGCCAGAUGUAUGAAGGCUACGGACAGACAGAAUGUACAGCUGGCUGUACCCUAACCCUGCCUGGAGAUUGGAAGGCCGGUCACGUUGGAGCGCCGAUGCCAUGCAAUUACAUAAAACUGCACGAUGUGAAAGACAUGGAAUAUUACACAUCACAGGGAAAGGGAGAGGUGUGCGUUAAGGGCCCCAACGUCUUCAAGGGGUACCUGAAGGACGCGGAGAAGACGGCCGAGGCGGUGGAUCGGGAUGGGUGGCUUCACACUGGAGACAUUGGCCAAUGGAUGCCCAACGGAACUCUGAAGAUCAUCGAUCGCAAGAAGCACAUCUUCAAGCUGGCUCAGGGGGAGUACAUCGCUCCCGAGAAGAUUGAGAACGUGUACUGUCGCUGCGAGCCCGUGGCCCAGGUGUACGUGCACGGGGACAGUCUUCAGGCCUGUCUUGUUGCAGUUGUGGUACCUGACCCAGAAAUACUUUGCUGCUGGAUCCGGAAGAAAGGCAUCGUGGGCACAUACUCGGAGCUCUGCAGAAAUAAGGAAGUCAGACAAGCAAUUCUGGAAGACAUGCAACGCCUCGGCAAGGAAUCCGACUUGCAGCCUUUUGAGCAGGUGAAGGACGUUCACCUGCACAACGAGAUGUUCAGCAUCGAGAACGGGCUGCUCACGCCCACGUUCAAGGCCAAGCGGACGGAGCUGAGGACGCACUUCUGCAGCGUCAUCAGCAGCAUGUACCAGAACAUGAAAGCGUGAGACAGAUGGCACGAACACUUGCAGCUCACCCACCAAGUGUUCUCGACACGACAGUACCCCCCGCCCCUACCCCCCUGCGUGGUUGAGCUGCAAUAAUCGCUCUCGGAUGUGUUUUCGAGAACCGUUCCUGAAGAAGCGCCCAGCACUCGGAGCUAAACGUCGGGCACCGUGCCGAACAACACGCGGUAACAACCCGAAAACACACCGGAGAAGAUAUUUUCAACGCAACAUCAUCAUCAUCGUCAUGCCAGCACGAGAUCAUCCAUGGUUUAUGUCAGGGAACCAUCUGCUAAUUCUAGAUUUGAAGCUUUCGUGACUGCAAGGAUUCAUACUCUUAGUGUUUUCGGUGAAGUCACGUAGGUAAAAAAUGAAAUUAAAAUUACUAAAAAUAAAAUAAUAAAAAAUCACGACGUUUCGGAGGCAACACAAGUCUCCGUAUUAAUUUUAAUUUCAUUUUUUACCUACGUGACUUUACCGAAAAAACUAAGAGUAACCAUCUGCUACCUUAAAACGUUCUUAUUGAAGGUGGGCGCUAGUGGCUCGUGCGAUGAUGAAGCUGCCGUGUGUGUGUGUGCGUGUGGGAGACUAGAGCUCAGUUGAGUCUCUAUAGGAGGCGAUUACGAAGCGUAGUGGGGACUUCAGUGCGCCCACUGCUCACGCACGUUACCAAGCUAAGGGAUUGUGCAAACUACCCAACGCAGGAAUGUCCUGCUCAUAAUAGUCCUUUGGGCAUUUCCUGCUAUUGACAUUUGACUGACUGGGGCUCUAACAGGCUGGCACACAUCCCUGAACUGCAUUGAUCACCGCCGGGUUAUUGUCGUCAUGUCAAUCGCUGUCGCUGCAGUGAGCGUCGUCGUCGAUUCGUACCGUAAUUGAUUUAUGGGGCAGAUCGCGAGAGUAGAACGCGUUGUCGUACGCCCCUCUCCACCCGACACAAGCCAAUUAAUAACGGUGUCCCGUGAACACACGUGGUUGCUCUCUGACACGGCCUACCGGUUUGCUGGCACGUUUGUCCCACGUGAAAAUUUUAUUAAUUCAUAAUGGAGGUUUUUUUUGGGUUAGAUCGAGUAAAUAUAAAUGCGUCCGAUUGUAAAUGUUGUGGGUUUACUCUCCAACACAACCGAUGUGCUGAACUAGUAACUAAUUAGUUACUAAUUAUUAAUUAGUAUUCUUUGUUUAAAUGACCACCUUGCUAAUUGGCUGUUUCGAGUGGUGGCGGUUUUAACGACACAUUUAUAUUUACGCGAUCUAACCCAAAAAACCUCCACUAUGGAUAAUAUUGGUCGCGAAAGCCUACGUGUUAAACUAACUUAUUAAGUGGUCAUGUCGGGUGGAGUGGGGUGUACAACACACAUUAUACUCACGCAAUCUAAGCCACAAUUCAAUUACGAAUCAUAAUAUUGGUAGCGACCGUAAUUGAUUUCAUUGUUUAGCUUUUAUCAGUGUUCUCUUAAUCAUUUAUUCUAAUAUCACGAUCAUAACCGUUGUCAUCAUUCUUACGGCUGUCGUCAAAUUUACUAAACCCGCGUGCUCCAUGUAUGGAAAUAACAUCUUAAUUUAGAAUUGAACCGCCGUGUUUGUGUUCAUCGCUAAAAUUACUCAACGUCUCUUAUUCUAUAUUUAGUACAUCCUGUCAAGCUUACAAAUGUAAAGUCUAUGUACAUUUCUGUUUAAUCAAAACAGUAUACGAAAUCACGGCACUGUCUGCAAAACCUACUGAUCGGUGUAAUAUUCGUCGGCAUGUCAAACAUCCCUUGUAAGAUGUUUGCGCACAGAUCUGUAAAACAUGACUUGCUAUUAAUAAACAUUCCAAAUGUGAAGUGUUACACAAUGCAUGUGAUCAGAGUAACUAAUUGAAUGUACAUGUAGUUUAUUUUAAUAAAGUAUAUCUUAAAGUAUGAA